GUCAAGUUACGUGAAAGGCGGUGGCGCGAUUUGGUCCGUUGGACGCAGCACAGAGCAAUGGGGAAUUUUGUCGACAAGCCACCUCCUUCUCCUCCUCCUCAGGUGGUGCUGGUGCCUCCUCUCUUCGAUUUCCCUCCCUUUGCUGCUCGUGACAGGAUGUUGGUGCCUUCUUACAAGUUGUUAUUUGGGAAACUUGCUUUGAAAUGCCUUUUUGAGGAUUACUUUCAGGAAGCAAGGCAUUUUACCACAAGAAUUAUGCUAAAGCCAAUUGAUGAUCCUCAUGUGGAUCUUAUUGCAACAGUUUCAGGUCCUCUUGAUCACAAGCCUGAGGAGAAUAUCAUAGGGAAUGCAUUAUUUCGAUGGCAAAGUGAUGUUCAUGAUCCUCAUACCUUCAUGGACCUUUAUGUGUCGAACUCUGAUCAGAUUUUGCAGAUGAGAUCGUGUGCUUACUAUCCAAAAUAUGGAUUUGGAGCUUAUGGAAUUUUUCCUUUGCUUUUGAAGAAAAGAGAAUCUUCAGAAGACUAUGGCCAGAUGGGAUUGAGAUAUGGUUCUAAAAACCUUUCUUGUGGAAUCUCACUUGUGCCUUUUGCUGUGAAAGAUGAAAUGCCAAAAAGUGUAUGGCUGGUCAGCAGGAUGGGAAGGGUGACAGCUGGAGUGCAGUAUGAGCCACUACAUGGAGAUUCAAAACUCACAAAUUUGAUGAACUGGAGUUGUGCGAUUGGUUAUGGUGUGGGAUUUGGCAGCCCCUUGAGUCCGUCCUUCAAUUUUGGUCUUGAGCUUGUUAGAAGCUCUCAGUUUAUCGCCUCAUUUUAUCAACAUAUGGUUGUCCAAAGACGGGUGAAGAACCCCUUUGAACAGCAUGAUGUAGUUGGAAUUACAAAUUAUAUUGAUUUUGGUUUUGAGUUACAGACGAGGGUUGAUGAUGCUAUGACAUCGAACAAUAUCCUCGACUCCACUUUUCAAGUAGGAGCAUCCUGGCAGGCAAAUAAAAACUUAUUGAUGAAGGCAAAGGUUGGACAUCGUGGCUUAUCAAUGGCAUUGGCAUUCAAGUCAUGGUGGAAACCUUCCUUUACUUUCAAUAUUUCAGCCACUCGGGAUCGUGUUGAUGGUAACAUGCAUUAUGGGUUUGGCAUCCAAAGCGAGAGUCUUAGAGAAGCCAGUUACGAAAGGGCAGAUCCCAAUUAUGUGCUUCUCACUCCAAACAAGGAGCACAUGGCGGAGGGCAUUUUCUGGAAAACGGGGAAGCACCCUAUGCUGCAAUCUGACGUAGAUGCCGGAAAUUUUGAUGCCGUACCAAGAGAGUUAAGACCUCUUGAUAAAAUUUUGUAGUUCCUGCUUAUACUUUUCAUUUUGUCAUCGAGUGUUACAGCUAAGAUGGAGUUUUAUUCGCGUUAUAUGGUAAUAGCAACGCAGCACGUAUAUGCCUAUAAAUAACAUUGCCAAGUUAUUGUUUUGUUCACUCUUUUCUUGAUUAAUGAAUUGAGAACUCGAGAUUAGUUAUAGGGUUCUUAUUGA